CUUAUCAUUUGUCAAUGUUUAUCGAAGCCUAAAAAAUAUUUUAAAUCAUUAAAACAAGCCAUGGACGCUUCAGCGGAACGCCUAGAAGUUAAAAUAAACCUAAAAACAGAAAUCAAACAAGAAAACGAUACGCUGAUAAGUGUACUUCCAGAAAUUCAUCCUGUUACCAAUGAACCCUGGAUAGACUUGAACAAAAUAAAAUCCGAGCCAGAGAAUUUAGAUGUCGAAAACGAAAGCAACUACUUUGUGACGAACAGCGAACUGCGGAGUAUAACCGACAUAAAAACUGAAGGUGUUGAAGUAAGAUCAAAAGCCGAGAACGGCGCAGCCUCGAAACUCGAAAGAAAACGGAAAGGAACUGCCAGAGGAGUCGAAAAAGCAUGUCAGUACUGCGGCAAGACUUUCCGAGAUUCUCACAAGCUUAAAAAGCACGUUAUGGAUCACACGGGUGAACGACCGUUCAAGUGCGAGCUGUGUGACAGCGCUUUUAAAGAGAGAUACAACUUGUCGGUACAUAUAAAGACGCAUACAGGUGACCGCCAGAUACAGUGCCCCGAGUGCAACAAGACCUUCAUUGUCCCGAGCGCCAUGAAAGCUCACAUGCGCACCCACUCGAAGGAGAAGCCGUACGUGUGCGACGUUUGCGGCAGGGGCUUCUCGCACAGCGCCAACCUCAAGCCGCACGUGGCGACGCACAGCGAGGAGUUCCCCUUCCACUGCCUGGAGUGCGGGAAGAGCUUCAGGAUAAGGAAGGGCCUCCUGCGGCACCUCAGGGGCCACCACGCCAACUGCACGAAGGAAGGAUGCGAGUUCUGCGCCCAGUUCGAGAAGGUGAAGUACAAGCCCAGGAAGUACGUGAAGGCGGCGGAGAAGAUCAGGGAGUGUCCGGUCUGCCUGCAGACGUUCCGGUACUAUAUGACGUACAAGAAUCACAUGCGGGCGCACAACAACGAGAACUACACGUGUAGCUUCUGCGGGAAGUCGUACCUGGACAGAGCCGCUCUGCGGGUGCACCUCCGCAAUCACACGGGCGAGACGCCGUACGUCUGCGGGGUGUGCGGGAAGAAAUUCAAAAGGGGCGACAGCUACAGGUACCACACGUCGACGCACAGCGAAGAGCGGAAAUUAUUCCAUUGCGACAUUUGUAACCAAGACUACACGCAUCGCAGCAGCCUCUUGAAGCACAAACGGCACGUGCACGAGGACGAGAGGCCCUUCCAGUGCGGGAUCUGCGAGCGGCGAUUCAAGACCCCACAGGUCCUCAGGGGGCACCUCAGGACGCACAGCGACGACGGUUCUAGGCUGCCGGCGCCCGAAACGUGCCGGAUAUGCGAGAAAAGCGUGGAUAAAAGAGGAUUCAAAGCUCACAUGAGGACGCACGGGAUAUCGACGUUCAAGUGUAAAAGGUGCAAAUGCGUCUUCGAAGGCCAAGAAGCGUUCGACGCCCACGCCAGAGACGGUUGUCUAAGGUAUAGGAACAGCAGGGUAGACGCCGCGGUUGGAAAGUUAGUAGAUGUGUCCGAUUUGAAAUCAACUGAAGAUAAUUAUAGGGGCGGGAAGGAAGUCGACACAAUAAUAAAAAGUUCGUAGCUGUGGGGUUAGGCUUUAUUUAAUUAUAGUGUAUGUGUAUAAAUGUAACAGUUGUGUAACAAUUAUUUAUGUUGAUUAUAUAUAUAUUUUUUAAAAUGGUAAAUAGUAGUGAAAUAAACUUAUAGAAAUAUAAUUGGUUACAAAUUUGUUUACAUUUUUUUUUUUAAACGUGUCAAAACUUCAAUUUUGACAAUUGUUACCCGCAAUGAGGUUCAAAUUCUUAGAAGACCCUCUUGGACGUCGACCUUCGGUGGACCACAGUCCAUAUAGUCCAAGCAAAUAAAAUUUUUACUCGAAAAAAGUCCUAUCCGCAAGAUUAUUGUAAAAUUGUCUAAAGGAACAUAA